UGCUAUCGCGAGCGGCUGGACAAUAUAAUGGCUUACACGAACUCGACAGUUCAAACUUAACUCCGGUGAUUUGAAGUCGAAGGUGGAUGUUCCGAAAUAAGCUUAUUUUUUUUAACUUUAAAAAUGGAUUUAAAAAUUUUAAUCCUCACUUUUUUAUUCACUUGUAAAAUUUCUGGAGGUCAAGAAUUUACUUAUGAAGGCGUUCAUGGACCACAAUAUUGGACAAAAGAUUACGGAACAUGUACAGGCAAACAUCAAUCACCGAUUAACAUUGAAGAACAUGAAGUCGAGGACGUUAGUUUUCCUUCAAUAAAAUUUGUGGGCCUUCAAAAUCCUCAAGUAGCUAAAUUAACUAAUAAUGGACAUACAGUGACGAUAACAUUCGACAAUCCAGAAGCCAUAAAAAUAUACGGAGGUCCUUUGGAUACUUAUCCGUAUAUCUUCAAGCAAAUGCACUUCCACUGGGGCUCCGAUGACAAGGAAGGCUCUGAAGAUCGUAUAAAUAACAUUGCGUAUGCCAUGGAGCUCCAUGCGGUGUUUUAUAAAAAAUCUUACGGAUCCAUGGAAGUUGCUAUGCAUUAUGCUGAUGGUCUUGCAGUUCUUGCUUACUUUGUUGAAGUUGACAACAAUAAAUUUAAUCCAGUGUAUGAACCACUAUUAGCAGCCUUUCCAAUGAUUGAAGAAGUCAACACCAAUGUUACAUUGAACGGUCCAAUAUAUCCUGAAAAAUUAUUAUUACCUGGUGAAAUAAUUGUCUCAGAUUAUUAUACGUACCAUGGAUCUUUAACUACUCCUCCUUGUUCGGAGGUUGUUAUCUGGAUUGACUUUAAGGAUCCAUUCCGAAUGAGUCAUGAGCAAAUUGAGGCCUUUAGAAGUAUUAAAACUUUCGAUAAUCAAAAACUUACUCACAAUUUCCGUCCAGUUCAAAAGUUGGAGGACAGAAAAAUUUUUAGAAACGUUAUUGUGAGUGACUUGUAUAAUUCUGGAGAUAUUAAGACGGUUUCAUCGUCACUAUCAAUCACUUUCGCCGCUGUAUUGUUGACCAUUCCACCGGAACUGUGGUUCGCAUUUUUCGGGCUUUAAAUCAUAACUUUAGAUAUAGUUGGAUGAAAUUUAAUACCUUAAAAAAUAAUUAUUUAUUAUUAUUUAAAUGAGUAAGAACAUGACUUAUAAAUUAUACAUAUUAGAGAAGAAUAGUGUAAGUAUGAACAAGUAAACUUUGAAUGUGAAAGCUUAGAA